AUGGCCGUGGGCCCGAGCGCUGAUGUGGGUGUCGUGGCUACGGGGGUGGUUGACGCGAGCGCAGGCACCACCGAUACGGACGCCAUGGUCGCCGCGGACGCCGUGGCCGCGGCUGUUGGGCCCGCCCCCAUGGCUGUAGGAGCUGUCGCCGCUGUGGUAGCAGGGCUGGGGAUGCCGCUAGACGCCGUCGUCGCAAACGACGCCCACUUGCACGUGCCUAGUGUCGGUGCGGGUCCCUUUAUCUUCCCCGCCCCGCCUCCUCCACCGCUCGCUUCCCACCUCAAUGCAGCGGGUCCCGCCGCCGCUCUUGUCGCUGCACGGGCCGCUGCCGCGGAGGGCCCGGCCCGUCUAGCACGUGUCCCGAUCUCGGGUCUUCGCGUGGGCGCCGUGGGACUGGGCGCCAGCGGCCGCGGCGGAUCGGGUCUUCACGUGGGCGCCGUGGGGCUGGGCGCCAGCGGCCGCGGCGGAUCGGGUCUUCGCGUGGGCGGCGUGGGCGCCGUGGGGCUGGGCGCCAGCGGCCGCGUCGGAUCGGGUCUUCGCGUGGGCGGCGUGGGGCUGGGCGCCAACGGCCGCGGUGUGGGCGGCGUGGGGCUGGGCGCCAGCGGCUGCGUCUCCGCCGCCGCCGCGGGGGAGUCCGCGCUGCGCGCCGUCGCCGUCUCCCACAUGCCCUACGGCCACUGCCGCCAGUUCCUCCAGGAGAUCCGCACCGCGGCGGGCAUCCAGCCAUGCCGAGCAAAAUUCGGUGGACAUCGGCCUCAGCGACGGCAGCUACGCGAGGGGUGCCGUGCCGAGCGGCGCAUCCACUGGGAGAAGCGCUUGGCAUUGGACGCGAGCCACGCACACAUUUAGCAUUUUUGAGUAGUAUAUUGUUCUUCCUAUUGUCAUCUGUCAUCACUGCCUUUUGUUCAAGAGAAAUGGUCUUUGCUCAUUGAUGUGCUUCAUUUUGGCUCGGAAAUUAAACAAACUACUAUUGUCGUGGAAUCUGGAUAACUAUUAGUGUCCCUGCAUGCUCUAAAUUACCUGCUGUUGCUCCACUCCAACGAUUGAAAAUCUUGCUUCAGGUCACGUGCUGCUGUUGCUCCACUCGAACGAUUGAAAAUCUUGCUUCAGGUUUGAAUUUUCCUAGGUUCUUUUUAACGUUUCAAUUCAACAGUGUAUUCCUUUAUAUAACAAGUAAACAACCUGUUAUGUGCUCAAAUUAGAUUUCGUGUUAUGUGCUCAAAUCAACCGUGUAUGCCUUUUGCUACUAUGUUACUGCUCAAAUUAGAUUUCCUACAUAA